AUGGUAGACAGCAACAUCGGAAGUGAAGCCGGCCAGGGCGAUAGCAACGACGCCAACCCUUCCGCCGGAAACAGCGAUCAAGCGGUGUCGGCUCGUCACCCAUUCUUUAAUCUCCCGCCAGAGCUCAUCCUCGACAUCGUGGAGCUUUUGCAGCCCGAAGCUUUCAUCAACUUCGACUUCGCCAACUACCCGCUCCUCCACGCCUAUGGCCUGGCUCCAGCACUAUCACGAUCACGCAUCGUCUACCUUACCAACCAAACACAGAUACCGGCUCUAUUACCACUAAGAGCCCUUCCACCGGAGAUCAUGCUGCAGGUCCUUCGACGUCUGAAGCCGAUCGAUACUAUGAGAUUUGCCGUCGCGAACUACCAACGUCUUGCUGAGCAAGGUAUUGCUCCGCCUCUGAGCUUACAGACGAUGCAUCAGCUCAGAAAUGCCGCCAAUAUCAGUUACACGCCAGGCGUGCUCAAUUUCACCCGCAAUGCUGAUAGCAAUGUCGAAUAA